AUGUUCUCUUUUUGGAAGAUAACCCUAACAUUGAUUGCUUAUUGGGUACAUGUUAGCAGUGCUAUUCAGUGUUUCGAAUGUACAGCAUCCCAGGGUGUGGAUUGUAUUGAACAGGCGGUUAAAUGUGAGACAGGAUUUUUUGGUUGCCUCAAGAUAGUUGCAGUCAAUGGCGGUGUUGAUAAGAGUGGUAUGUGGACAUCGGACCAACAAAGGCGACUCUUGUUAACAACGAGAGGAUGUUCACUGUUACCCUUAGGAAAUGUUGACGUAUGUGAGCAGACAUCCAUAUUAGGAACCCGAGUCAUCAAGUGCACAUGUUUCACGGACUUCUGCAAUGGGACGAAUGGAUACCAUAUGAGUUGGGUUUACUUAUUCAUCGUUACAUUCCUCUUUUCAUUAUUCUUCUAA